AUGUCCGCCUUCGCAGAUGGGACGGCAGGCCAACGCGCUCGUGGUGGCGGAAAGCGCAACGGCGGCAGGGCUGCCGCGGCCAAGGGCGGUCCCUCGGGCAGGCAGUCGCAGGAUGCGGAUGGAGGCGACGAGGGGGAUCAUGCCGAGCCGGAAGCUCGUGGUGGCGGAAAGCGCACCGGCGGCAGGGCUGCCGCGACCAAGGGCGGUCCCUCGGGCUCGCAUGAUGCGGAUGGUGGCGACGAGAAGGAUCAUGCCGGGCCGGAAGCUCGUGCUGGCGGCAUACGCAACGGCGGCAGGGCUGCCGCGGCUAAGGGCGGUCCCACGGGCAGGCAGUCGGAGGAUGCAGAUGGUGGCGACGAGGGGGAUCAUGCCAAGCCGGAAGCUCGUGGUGGCGGCAUGCGCAACGGCGGUAGGGCUGCCGCGGCCAAGGCCGGUCCCUCGGGCUCACAGGAUGCGGAUGGUGGCGACGAGAAGGAUCAUGCCAAGCCGGAAGCUCGUGGUGGUGGCAUGCGCAACGGCGGCAGGGCUGCCGCGGCUAAGGGCGGUCCCACGGGCAGGCAGUCGGAGGAUGCAGAUGGUGGCGACGAGGGGGAUCAUGCCAAGCCGGAAGCUCGUGGUGGCGGCAUGCGCAACGGCGGUAGGGCUACCGCGGCCAAGGCCGGUCCCUCGGGCUCACAGGAUGCGGAUGGUGGCGACGAGAAGGAUCAUGCCGAGCCGGAAGCUCGUGGUGGCGGCAUGCGCAACGGCGGCAGGGCUGCCGCGGCUAAGGGCGGUCCCUCGGGCAGGCAGUCGCAGGAUGCGGAUGGUGGCGACGAGAAGGAUCAUGCCGUGCCUGCAUGCCGUGGCGUUAACGAUCAUGAUGAGGACGAGCCAGCAGCUGUGACUGAUGGGAAAGGUGGACGUGAAGCUGUGAUUCCCUACCAACGGCGCAAGGCUGUGGAUCCGGGCAGUUGCGACCAUAAGGCGAGACAAGCUCGGCACGGCCCCAAUGUGCACGUUUUGAGCUCGUCUGGUUCCGAGGAAGAUUCGAGCGACACCGCGGACCCGUACGCUGCGUUACGCGAUCCGAUGGGUUCGGCUGGGAAGGGAGAUCAGAUGGCUUGGGGGUCAGCGCGGUUUGGCAAAGAAGCGACGGACCCGCCCCCCAACCAUAUGGGGGGUCGCGCGGUUCAUGUGAAGAACGAGGGGGCAACAAAGCGGCACGAACCCUCGGUAGCUGCAGCAGCGAAUGACAGUGUGGGAGGAGGUGUGUGGGCGAAUGCCUUGGGUGAAUGUGGCGGCGGUGUGGAAGGCUCCAUGUGGGAUGUACGGGAGAGCAGGGGAGAAGGGGGGGACGAAAAAAUGGAUCCGGCGACUAAGGAGGGGAGGGGAGAGAGCAUGGGCACACCUGGCGCAUCCAGUCGGCCGGAUGUGGCUGGCGGCAGGACUGUGGAGCAGCUCAUGCGAGAGCUUGCCCAGCGGGAUCGCGAAAUCGCUGCACUCAAGGCAAGGCCAGGAUCAAAAGGAGCUGUCAAGCCCUGCACCCCUCCAUCUAGGCCUCCUCCUCUAGCAUCUCUGUCGAGCGGCCCAUCUAUAGGGGGCCUCGAUCCAGACGUGGCGCCAGAAAGCCCAGCGACGGUAGACGUACCGGUCCGUCGAACGCGUGGGAUGCCCACACCCAAGCUGCUGAAGAGCCCCUGUUCCUGGUGCUGGUGGUGGUGUGGGUGUCAUGCGGCGGAGGGAAUAGAGGAAGCCGUAUCCGUCAACCCCAUGCGGCCCCCUUUCUGUCCGCCGCUCCUCCCUCCCCUCUCUAUCCCGUCCCUCUCCCUCCUCGUCCAGAGCCACUGUAAAAGAGCUCCUGUUCAUGGUGCUGGUGGUGGGGUGGGUGUCAUGCGGCGGAGUGAUCCCCAUGUUCAUGGUGCUGGGUGUGGUGUGGAAUACAUGUCGUGCGGCGGAGGGAUAGCUAAGCAUAGCAGUCAUCCUUCAUCUCACUCCCCUCUCUCUCCCAUCCCUCUGCGAGAGCCCCUGUUCAUGGUGCUGGGGGUGGUGUGGGUGUCAUGCGGCGGAGGGAAUAGAGGAAGCCAGCCCAUGUUCAUGGUGCUGGGGGUGGUGUGGGUGUCAUGCGGCGGAGGGAUAGCUAAGCAUAGCAGUCAUCCUUUAUCUCACUCCCCACUCUCUCCCAUCCCUCCCCUCCCUCUGCGAGAGCCCAUGUUCAUGGUGCUGGGGGUGGUGUGGGUGUCAUGCGGCGGAGGGAUAGCUAAGCAUAGCAGUCAUCCUUCAUCUCACUCCCCUCUCUCUCCCAUCCCUCCCUUCCCUCUGCGAGAGCCCAUGUUCAUGGUGCUGGGUGUGGUUGUGGAAUACAUGUCAUGCGGCGGAGGGAUAGCUAAGCAUAGCAGUCAUCCUUCAUCUCACUCCCCUCUCUCUCCCAUCCCUCCCCUCCCUCUGCGAGAGCCCCUGUUCAUGGUGCUGGGGGUGGUGUGGGUGUCAUGCGGCGGAGGGAAUAGAGGAAGCCAGCUCCUGUUCAUGGUGCUGGUGGUGGGGUGGGUGUCAUGCGGCGGAGUGAUCGCUCACCAUAGCAGCUAUCCUUCCUCUCCCUGCACCCUCUCUCCCAUGCCUCCACCACCUCUUCCAGAGCCCAUGUUCAUGCUUAACGUUGGUUCUUCUCCCACUGUCCCCUUCUCCCGCCCCCCCUUUAAUCUACACCUCUCCCCUUCCCUCCCGCCAUCCCGUUCUCUCCCUCCCUCCAUUUCUCUUCAGCCAUCCCCUUCUAUCCCGCCCUCCAUGUCUCUCCUGCCCUCCCCCUCUCCCCUGCCCUCCCCUUCUCUCCUGCCCUCCCCUUCUCUCCCGCCCUUCCCUGCUCUACUGCCCUCCAGCCAACCCUCCAUUCAUUCUAUACCGCCCUCCACUUCGUCCAUACCCUUUGGACAACCCCUAAACCAUGUCGUGCAUGAUCUUCGUCCCCGCCUUGUCCUGCGUGCGCGCAGGAGGGAAUCAGCGGGUCAGCUCGUGGGGAAACAGCAGAGACGGGCUCCCGUUUGCCAACGGCCGAUUGAACAGGGCUUGGCAAAGGUUAAGAAGACCGACUGGAACGUCUCGAACUCCCACCGCAAGAACACCGAGUGGAUGACGGGUUUGCACCGAAAUGUGCGGUGGAUUAUCAAGGACCACUUCACACGCCACACCCCCGUGUACAACACAGUCGUGCAGGGCUUCAAGUGGGGCAACCGUGGCCUGUAUGUUCACGAGUCAGGAUUUGAGGCGUUCAAGGGGAAGGCCGUGCCUGACGAGGAGAAGAAGGACUUGAAGGAGGAAGAGCAGGAGGUGUACGACGCGGAGGACUUGAAGACGGAUGACGAGGAGGAUGACGAGGAUCAGGAGGAGGAGGAGGAGGAGGAGGAGGAGGAGGAGGAGGAGGAGGAGGAGGAGGAGGAGGAGGAGGAGGAGGAGGAUGAGGAGGAGGAGGAACAACAGCAAGGGGGGCAGCACGCCAAGCAAGAAAGUAGAGUCAGCAUGGGGGGUAGCACGGGCGGCAAAAGCGUGGAGUCAGCAAGGGGGGCAGCAGUAGAGACAAUGUGA